AGAAACGGGGUUAGUGUUAGACUUUGCUCUAUCAAGAGCUGAGGAACUGGGGAAAUCUCUGUGGCGCGUCCCCAGCAGGACCGCCAGGGGAGUCCAGGGGGGACUAAGGGAGGGGCUGAUGAGCCUGCCCCGCCCCCGACCACCUGGGAAAGGAAGUGGGAAAGGAGAACCAGCAACGGUCACUGCAUUUCCUUCACAUCUCACUCUUGGGACACAACAGGACAAGGACAGAGCAGCUGCAGCUGGAUGCGGGCAGACGGCCACAGAGGAGGAGCUUUUUCAGCCACAGUCUAGUAACAGAGGGGUUAGCAGUGGCCACCAUGGGUUCUGUGAAUUCCCGAGAUCACAAGGCAGAGGCCCAGGUGGUGAUGAUAGGCCUCGACUCAGCAGGCAAGACCACGCUCCUGUACAAACUGAAGGGCCACCAGAUGGUGGAGACUCUGCCCACUGUUGGUUUCAAUGUGGAGCCUCUGGAAGCACCGGGGCACGUGUCUCUGACUCUCUGGGAUGUGGGGGGGCAGACCCAGCUCCGGGCCAGCUGGAAGGACCACCUGGAAGGCACGGAUGUCCUCGUGUAUGUGCUGGAUAGCACCGAUGAAGCCCGCUUACCCGAGGCAGUGGCUGAGCUCAUGGAAGUCCUGGACGACCCACACGUGGCCAGCGUCCCUUUCUUGGUACUGGCCAACAAGCAGGAGGCGCCAGAUGCCCUGCCGCUGCUGGAGAUCCGAGAGAGGCUGGGCCUGGAGAGGUUCCAGGACCGCAGCUGGGAGCUUCGGGCCUGCAGUGCCCUCACUGGCGCUGGGCUGCCAGAGGCCCUACAGAGCCUGAGGAGCCUCCUGAAAUCCCGCAGCCACUGCGUGUCUACGUGAGCACAGGCGGGGCAGGGAGUGGGGAGAACAGGAAGACGCGAUCCGAUCCGGGCACAGCAGCAUAUCUUUGCUGAUACGACCUGAAAGAAUCAGCUGGGCCUUAAGAAUCUUAAGCUCAGUUUAUCAGACGAGAAGUCCUUCUGUGCUUGGACAGGGUAUUUUCCUCUUGAAGCUUGUUGUCACUAGUGUUUAUGUUGAAAAUCAACUAUGGGGCACCUGGGUGGCUCAGUUGGUUGAGCGUCCAACUUCAGCUCAGGUCAUGAUCUCAUGGUUUGUGGGUUCAAGCCCCAUGUCAGGCUCCGUGCUGACAGCUCAGAGCCCGGACGCUGCUUCAGAUUCUGUUUCUCCCUCUCUCUGCCCCUCCCCUGCUCAUACUUGUCUCAAAAAUAAACAUUAAAAAAUUUUUUUAAUUACAAAGAAAAAAUAAGAAAAUCAACUCUUCUUUGAAUAAUAAUACCCUAAGGGGCAAAAAAUGCCUCCACACACUUCAUUUAAUAACUCAUGACCAAGGGUGAACCGAGGAAUUGUAACAAUAGAACAAUGAAUGGUUGCAUGGUAAUUAAGAUCUAAAUUCACAGAGGGAAUGAGGUUUCAAAAUCAGAUUAGAAUAUCUUCUGGACAUGGUCACAAUCUUAUGAGUGAUUUUUCCCUGGGAGCCUCUGGGUAUAUGCCGAGAUCACUCUGAGUGCCAGCAGCCAGGACCAGCAGAAUUGAGUAGGCGACUCUGCCCCCACAGAGUCUUGGGUUUAGAAGUUCACAGGGGCACUGAGCCCUGGGCAAGAGGCUGGAGUUAAGACCUUCCAAAAUUUAUCCUUUUCUCUGACGCUGAUUAAUUC